AUGUAUUGUUAAAUAGAAUUUCAAUAAAUUUUUACAUAUUUUUUAUAAAACUAAAACAUUUUUAAUUAAUUAUAAAAGAAUUAUAAUAUAUUUAAAUCUAUAUAUAUCAAUAUUUAUAAAAAUAAAACAUAUAUCUUUAAUUUUUGUUAAAAAUAGAAUUAAAAUUAAUAAAUAUAUAUUAUAUUUCAAACAAAAAAUAAUAAAAAAAAUAUAAAAUAUAUAAGAAAUUAUUUAGUAAAAAAUAAAAAAUAAUUUUUUGGUUUUUAAUUUAUUUAAUUAAAAUAAAAACUAAAAUAAAAUUAAAAAUAUAAUAAAAUAAAUGGAUCUUCAACAAUACGACUAAAUAGAAAAGAAUAUUAUAACGACGUCUCAUAUGAAGACUAAGUAAAUUUGUUUAAAAAUCCUCCAAAAUAAAACAAUCGAAUGUCUAUUGACUAAUUUAACUUAAUAAAAGUUUUAGGUAAAGGAUCUUACGCAAAAGUAGUUCUUGUAAAAAAGAAGGAUGAUGGGAAAAUAUUUGCUAUAAAAAUGCUUAAGAAAUCAUACAUUGAAUUAAAAAAGUAAGUUGAUCAUAUAAAAACUGAACGAAAUAUACUAGUAUCUGCAGAUCACCCUUUUAUAAUUAAACUAUAUUAUUCAUUUUAAAAUGAAAGAAAAUUAUUUUUUGUUUUAGAUUAUUGUCCAGGAGGCGAAUUAUUUAAUUUAUUAUGCAAAAACAGACGUUUAGAUGAAUAUUCCGUAAAAUUUUAUUCUGCUUAAAUUGUAUUAGCACUAGAAUAUUUACAUACUAAAAAUAUUAUAUACAGAGAUUUAAAACCUGAAAAUGUACUAAUAGAUAAAGAUGGGUAUUUAAAAGUAGCUGAUUUUGGACUUUCUAAAAGAAAUGUAACAGAACAAAAUGCAACAUCUGUUUGUGGAACUCCAGAAUAUUUGGCCCCAGAAGUAUUAUUAAAAAAAGGACAUGGAAAACCUGUUGAUUGGUGGACUUUAGGUUGUUUGGUUUAUGAAUUAAUUACAGGUUUACCCCCUUUCUAUAAAGAAGAUAGAAGAUAACUUUUUGAUUAAAUUAAAAUUAAAGUUAUCCUGAACCUAAACCUGAUAUUAAAAUAAGUCUUGAAUUAAAAGACUUAAUAUUUUAACUUUUAUAAAAAGAACCUGAAAAUAGAUUAGGUUCUAAAGGAGCUUAAUAAAUCAAAAAUCAUCCUUUUUCUAAAAAGUCAUUUGGGAAAAUCUAAUUAACAAAAAAAUUAAAGCGCCUUUUGUACCUAAAAUUAAACAUGAACUUGAUAUAUCUAAUUUUGAUCAAGAAUUCACAUAACUUGAUACUUAGUCUCUUAAUUAAGAUUUGAACUCUUUAGAACCAACUAAUGCUAAAUAUGAAGAAUUCUCUUAUUAAGAUGAUUAAAUGAUGAAAUGAAAUUAAUAUUUUUUUAUUUAUUUUUUGAUUGGUUUAAAAAU